ACAGAGCCCCGGACAGGAUGGGGAAGGAGAAGACUCACAUCAACAUCGUGGUCAUUGGCCACGUGGACUCGGGCAAGUCGACCACCACGGGCCACCUCAUCUACAAAUGUGGGGGCAUCGACAAGAGGACUAUCGAGAAAUUUGAGAAGGAGGCAGCUGAGAUGGGCAAGGGCUCCUUCAAGUACGCCUGGGUGCUGGACAAGCUGAAGGCGGAGCGGGAGCGAGGCAUCACCAUCGACAUCUCCCUGUGGAAGUUCGAGACCACCAAAUACUACAUCACCAUCAUUGACGCGCCCGGCCACCGUGACUUCAUCAAGAAUAUGAUCACUGGCACCUCCCAGGCGGACUGCGCGGUGCUCAUUGUAGCGGCGGGCGUGGGCGAGUUCGAGGCGGGCAUCUCCAAGAAUGGGCAGACGCGAGAGCACGCGCUGCUGGCCUACACACUGGGCGUGAAGCAGCUCAUCGUGGGUGUAAACAAAAUGGACUCCACGGAGCCGGCCUAUAGUGAGAAACGCUACGACGAGAUCGUGAAGGAGGUCAGCGCCUACAUCAAAAAGAUCGGCUACAACCCGGCCACCGUGCCCUUUGUGCCCAUCUCGGGCUGGCACGGUGACAACAUGCUCGAGCCCUCCCCCAACAUGCCAUGGUUCAAGGGAUGGAAGGUGGAGCGGAAAGAGGGGAAUGCCAGCGGGGUGUCCCUGCUUGAGGCCCUGGACACUAUCUUGCCCCCAACACGCCCCACGGACAAGCCGCUGCGCCUGCCACUGCAGGACGUGUACAAGAUCGGCGGCAUCGGCACCGUGCCCGUGGGCCGCGUGGAGACGGGCAUCCUGAGGCCGGGCAUGGUAGUGACCUUCGCCCCGGUGAAUAUCACCACGGAGGUGAAGUCGGUGGAGAUGCACCAUGAGGCGCUGAGCGAGGCGCUGCCGGGAGACAACGUGGGCUUCAACGUGAAGAACGUGUCGGUCAAGGACAUCCGCCGUGGCAACGUGUGUGGGGACAGCAAGUCUGACCCCCCGCAGGAAGCUGCCCAGUUCACCUCCCAGGUCAUCAUCCUGAACCACCCGGGGCAGAUCAGCGCCGGCUACUCGCCGGUCAUCGACUGCCACACGGCCCACAUCGCCUGCAAGUUCGCCGAGCUCAAGGAGAAGAUUGACCGGCGUUCUGGCAAGAAGCUGGAGGACAACCCCAAGUCCCUCAAGUCUGGCGACGCAGCCAUCGUGGAGAUGGUCCCCGGGAAGCCCAUGUGUGUGGAGAGCUUCUCCCAGUACCCGCCCCUCGGCCGCUUCGCGGUGCGCGACAUGCGGCAGACGGUGGCCGUGGGCGUCAUCAAGAACGUGGAGAAGAAGAGCGGCGGCGCCGGCAAGGUCACCAAGUCGGCGCAGAAGGCGCAGAAGGCGGGCAAGUGA